AUCUAAACGUCAGACAUGAUUAGUAAAAGUUGUUGUGUACAUAUUGUUGUAGAGUUGUUAUUCAUAAUUAAUACUGUUUAAAAAUAAAUUCUUACACUUUGUUUAUAAAAAAAUGCGAUAAGAAGUGAUUGUAUUCAAAUUUUAUUUCGAGAUUUGAGUGUGUAAUUGAUAAUAAAUAUUUAAAACGUAGUGAUACAGUAAAACAUUUGUUUAGUGUACUUGUGCAUUGUAGAAAAAUCAACAUGUCUGUAAAAAAUCCCGAACAUGUUGUUAACGAACUUCGCAAUACAUUCAAUAGCGGUAAAACCAAAUCUGUUAAUUACAGGAUAAAACAAUUAAAAGCACUUUUAAAUUUAUUGGAUGAAAAUACGGAUUUAAUUGCGGAUGCUUUAGAAAAAGAUUUACGAAAAAACAAAAUCGAAUCUAUUCUAAUGGAAAUAGACGUUGUGAAAAAUGAAAUUAAAUAUUAUUUGAUGCAUAUUCACGACUGGACGAGACCUGAAAAACCCACUAAAGGUUUAGCUAACGUAUUGGAUUCUGUAUAUAUAUUAAAUGAUCCUUAUGGUGUUGUACUUGUAUUGGGAGCUUGGAAUUAUCCUUUACAACUUGCCGUAUCACCGUUCGCCGGAGCUAUUUGUGCUGGAAAUUGUGUUCUACUUAAACCUUCUGAAGUAUCUUCGGCUACUUCGAAAUUUUUGGCAGAGUAUAUACCUAAAUAUUUAGAUAGUGAUUCUUAUAAAGUGUACGAGGGAGGCGUGCCAGAAACUACAGAAUUGUUAAAACAAAGAUUUGAUUAUAUAUUUUACACUGGUUCACCUGGAGUUGGGAAAAUAAUUCUGAAAGCUGCUAGCGAGUUUUUGACUCCUGUCACUUUAGAAUUGGGCGGUAAAAGUCCAGUGUAUUUGGACAAAUCUGCUGAGUUGGACGUCGCUAUAAGGCGAAUAUUGUGGGGGAAAUGUGCUAAUUCAGGUCAAACUUGCGUCGCCCCCGAUUAUCUAUUAUGUUCAAAGGAAUUAGAAGAAAAAAUAAUCCCCAUUGCUAAAAACGUUAUUAAAGAUUUCUUCGGCGAAAAUCCAAAAGAUUCGCCGUUUUAUGGACGAAUAGUAAACGAUAGACACUUCCAACGACUCGCAGCGUUAAUUAAAGGUGCCAAUGUAGGUUGCGGCGGGGACGUGGAUCCCAGUGAAAAGUUUAUAUCGCCAACUAUAUUAACCGGGGUGAAGUCUACGGAUCCCGUUAUGCUAGAAGAAAUAUUCGGUCCAAUAUUGCCGAUCGUUAACGUCCAAAACGCUUACGAAGCCAUCGAAUUUAUCAAUUCUAGAGAAAAACCGCUCGCCCUUUACAUAUUUUCGAAUAAUAAGAAAGAUAUCGAUCAGAUAUUGAAGAAUACGUCUUCGGGUGGUGUUUGCAUUAAUGAUACGAUAAUGCAUAUCGUACCGUUGGGGUUACCGUUCGGGGGUGUGGGUAACAGCGGAAUGGGUAAAUAUCACGGGAAAUAUAGUUUCGAAACGUUCGUUCAUAAAAAGAGCGUUUUGCAGAAGAAUUUGAGUCAGAUUGGUGAGUUAUUGGGUUCUCCUAAAUAUCCACCGUACACGCAAGGUAAACUUAGAUAUUUGCAAUUGAUGUUGACGCCGGGGAUGGAUAUUAGGGGUAGGUUUAUGUCGCGAUUGUUAACAUUUACAUGCGGGGUCGCUUUCGUUCUUUUGGUGCAAUAUUUUAAGAAUUUUUUCAAGUUUUAAUUCGGUUAUAGUUUAUGUAAAGCUUUUAUCCACUAGAUUUUCCUCGAAAAUUGAUUUUUAGUCUCAGUUUUUGAUAAUUUAAUAUUGGUUGAAGCUAAAUCAUUUUGAGAUACGUUUGUUGAGAAAUAAUUCGAAUUUAUUAUUAUUUUCGUCGUCUAUUUUUUUCUUAAUUGUCGAUUAAAUCGAUUUUGAAUAAACUUUUUGCACAAUUCGAGGUUUAGUGAAUGAUUUGAUGUUUUUACAAUUUUUUAUUGAAUAUUAGUGUAAUUUUCAUAAUACAUUCAUUAAAAUAUUUAGAUAUAAAAUAAUAUUGUUAUAAUAAAAAUGUUUUUAAAUUAUUCGGUAAUUUUAUUUUCGUUUUCGAAUUAUCCCAUUUGCAUUGGUAUCUUAAAUAAAUGAUGAAUUAAUAUAAUUUCAAUAAAUUUGGAAAGAAAAACAUCAAUAAUAACGAAAUUGUUGAAUCACCACAUUUAUUUACUGUUCCAAAUAUUUAGUUCCCAACUCUAUACUUCUAUGACUGAGUGUAGUGCGCAUACACAACGUGACGUCAUUUAGAGAUGGGCGAUUGUUUCGAAUAAGUUAUUAAAUAAUCGUGAUUUCGUUAUAAAGUGAAAUUGAAUUAAAGAAUUUAGUAGUUUUAGUUUAAAGGUGGUGGGAUUAAAAAAAUUGAGAUUUAGAAAUUUAUUGAAGCUUAAAAAAGAAAAUUUUACAUAUAAUGACUUCAUUGAAUAUAUUUUAAUGUGAUUUGUACGCUGAUUAAUGAAUUCAAAAAACUGUUGUUUUUGCGUACUACAGCUCAGGAUGAAAAUUUUCUGUAGGAAAAGAUCACAAGAUGAAAAAUUGAGACUUGUGAGUGCGAAAAAUCGAAUCAAAGAUUGGAAUUUUCGAAAAACAUUGUUUUACUUAAAAAAUCAUAUCUUCGAAAAUUGAGUAUAAAUCGAGCUAAAAUUUCGAAUGAAUAUCGACAAAGGAUCAAACUUUAAGGAAAAAAAUCAUAAAGAUACUAAACGAUGAUACUAUGGCGAUUCAAUUGAAAAAAG